AAUUAGUGUAUUCUCAACAAAAAUUCAUUGGCAGAAUUUUUUUAGCUAUCAUUCUUGUACUGUGAGGGCUAAGGGAUUUUUGUUUCCUUUGCAGCAGACGAUAUCCAGCAUCAUUUCCUGUGUUUCCUUGAGCGUCGAUUCUCGCGAUAGACAUCGAUCGACGCAAAUUCUAUGUUUUGAGCGCAUUGGGAAUGUUCUGCGAGUUCCGGCACAUGUUUUUAAAUUCAAGCGCUAUGAAAAAUUCUGAUGUUAUCAGACCUUACAAAUUUCUAUUUUGUCUUCCACGAGUGCGUCGUCCCAACUAAUGCGUUUCCUCUUGCUGGAAAAAUGACAAUCAUAUCCAAAGCAUAGGCGCGAGCUCAGCUUCAGUGUAAUAAUGUAUUCAUUCAUCGACCAACUGCUCUGAUCAAUAUACAUUCUCUGGUCUCAAGUGCAGCAUAUGGUGCAAAGAUUAGAGGGUAAAAAGGACAGCGCUGUGCAAGUCACUUAAUUCAUCAACAACAGACAGUUUGUCUUUCCACAAGGAUUAUACUUCAGUUGGUACCUUGACACCGUUGCACAGUUUUCCCGUCAUCUGCGACCUGGAUAGAAUUUCAGGCUUCUUCAGAUCAAACUUAAUGUUUUCCAGACAAGCAUAAUGCCAUAAUGUUGGAAUCUGUUGUUGCCAACCUCCUCAACAAAUAUGUUGGGAAGUAUAUCCUUAAUAUCGAUUCCAGUAAUCUGAAUGUCAGCAUUUUCAAAGGAGGUGUAGAGUUAACAGAUCUCCAGCUAAGGCCAGAGGCCUUGGCUGAGCUUAAUCUUCCUAUUGAAGUGAAGGCAGGAUAUGUUGGUCAUCUAAAGCUGAACAUACCAUGGACCAACCUGUUCACAGCAGACAUAGACAUAGCCAUAGAAAAUGUCUAUGUUCUGGCUGGUCCAAUAACAGACCGCCAGUUUGACCCCGAACGGGAACGUCAGCUUCAAAAUGCUGUCAAACGGCAAUUGCUAGAGAGCAUUGAGAAUCCCAUGUUGCUGGAUGUGGCCAGAAAAGCUGAUGAAGACCCAUCUUUGACAGAGAAGCUUCUUCAAAAUCUCAUCAACAGAGUUCAGGUGUCUAUUCGCCAUAUCCACAUUCGAUAUGAGGACAUGGUGACAAACCCAGAUCAUCCAUUUGCCUGUGGAAUUAUGCUCAAGCAGGUCUUGCUUUGCUCUACGGACUCUAGGUGGGAACCAAGGGGUCGUGGUACUACACCUAACAUGCUGCACAAGCUUCUUAAACUUGAUGACCUGUCUGUCUACUGGAACCCUUACAUUCCAGAGCAGCACCUCCUGCGUUCUCGUCUCAACACUGAUGGCUGGAGAAACUUACUGAGGAUGUCUAUUGACUCCCACAGUAUAUUUGAAGAGGAGUUUGACUUCAUUGUUGAACCCGUGGCAGCUCAAGCUCGACUCAUCGUGUGCACAGAAAAUGGCUUUACUCUUCCAAGAGUGUUUGCAGAUUUUACUAUUGAGGAAAUAGAGGUGCUGCUGUCAAGACAGCAGUUUUUAAACUUGCUUACUCUUCAAGAGUCCUUCCAAAUGAUGCGCAUCAACCAACGAUAUCGAAAAUACCACCCUGCUGUGCCACUCAAAGUCAGCCCACGAUCAUGGUGGCUUUAUGCAUAUACUGCUGUUCUAGAAGAGAUUAUUCGCCCUUUCUCCUGGGAGAGAAUCAAAGAACACAGGACUUUAUACAAGAAGUAUAAAACGCUUUUCAAGAAGAGUUUAGAGAGUGGAGAGUCUGAGUCAACUCGCAGCAAACUGUGGGAACUAGAAGAGCAGCUUGAUGUCACAAACAUCAUCAUCGCCCGCCAGCAAGCUCGUCUGGAGCUGCUGGCAGAAGCCCCUGACAAGGCCAAAAAGAAAAGAAAGUCCUCAGGAUGGUUUAGCUCGUGGUUUGAAUCAGACAGCGAUGAAGACUUUGAGUUUGAUACAGAGUCCAAAGACUGGAUGAGCAAACUUACUGAAGAGGAACGACAGACAAUGUUCAAAGCCAUUGGCUAUGAUGAAAAUAGCAAUAUCUCUGGUUAUCCAAGAGAAUAUGUAGCUCACAAAGUACAGCUGAUACUCAAGAGCUGCUGUGUGUCCCUUGUCAACUACAGCAAGAAGAUCCUACAAGCGUCUGUCACACAUCUAAUCACUACCUGGGAAAACAGACCAGGUGGUGAUGCCUUCAGGUUGUCAUGUAACACAGAGAGUUUUUCAAUUGAAGGAGCAUCCAUAGAACAUGAACUGAUUCCUAUACUGACUUCAGACAUUGGCGUGUAUGCACCAUCAGUCAAUCAAGUGUUCACUGUGGACUUUGAAACAAAACCACUGUAUGUGGAGGCAGACUAUUCUCUAAACCUGAAUGUUCAGCCUGUGGAAAUCGUUUAUGAUGAGCAUUCUCUGUCUGAGGUAUCAGCCUUUUUUCAAGUUCCCCAUGGCAACCUUGAUUUGAGGUCAACAGCGGUCUCCACACUACAAGAAGUGGCAAAGUACAGUCGAGCUGGCUUGCAGCAUGCGAUUGAGCAGCACACGACUGUUCAUGUGGCACUUAAUAUGAGAUCUCCAUACAUUGUGAUUCCUGAGUUUGGAACACUGCACAGGGGAGGUAAUGUGCUCAUUGUUGACUUUGGAACACUGCGGAUUGAGAGUGAACUGCAGCCAAAGGAUGUGUCACUUGAGGAUGCAACUAUGUCAGAGAUAGAAUCUCGGCUGUAUGAUCAGUUCAACAUUUCAGUCAAGGAUGUCAAGGUCCUACUAGCUGAUUCUGGUGAUGACUGGCACACGGCACAGAUUCAGCCUAACUCUGAUUUCCAUGUGUUGCCUAGUGUACAGCUUCUUCUCACGUUCUUUAACACAGUCAAACCUGAUUACAAGCAGUUGCCGAAGCAGAAGUUUGAAGCGCGGGUGCCUUCUUUGGAGGUGAAUAUCUCAGAUAAGCGACUCUUAUUGCUGGCAUCCUUCCUGCGGAACUUCCCUGUGCCCUCUAGUACCAGCAUGGCCACCAUAGGUGAAGACAUGGUGGAUGGCUUCCCUCCACUUGCACCUGUCUUUACUUUUGAUUCAGUAGAGGCACAAAUGGACCCUGACACCAAAGCACUGAGAGAAAUAAGGAGACUAGUGUUGGGUCGGCCAUUGGUCAAUAGAGAUUCCUUAGUUGUCUCUCCAACCACUAAGGAUAAGGCUGCUACAAAUCGUCUGAGUACAGGUGAUGAUCAGUACCUGUCUUCCUCAGACCACUCUGAUGAAGAUUUAGAACAUCUUGGAGAAGAGCUGCACAUUAAGCCAGUGGAUGACAACUCUGCUCCAUCAAACACCAUCAAGGUGCUUCUGCGUAUGUCCCUCAAUGAGUUUGUGGUAAACAUGUCAAAGGUCAUGGAUAAGCAGGUUCGCCCUUACCUCAUGUUGCGUGUGGAUCGUCUUCGCAUUGACUCUGCCAUCACACAAUAUGGAUUUGCUUCUCAUGCCACCCUUGGGGGAAUACAGCUGGUGGACAAGAUCCAUGUUGGUGCAUCAGGUGAAUAUAUGGAAGUCCUGCGAACAGAACCUGACAACAAUCUGGUGUCUAUCAUGUACAGAAAAGUUGACCCUGAAUGCCCAGAUUUUGCUGCAGAGUAUGGAAGUAUGGAACAUGCAGCUAAGAUUCGCAUUUACUCCUUGACCAUCCUGCUUGACCAGGCAUCUCUCAUGUACCUUCAUGCAUUCAUCCAGGGCCUUGUGUCCAGUGUACAAAAUAUAGACAUGAAGACAAGCACCAGUUCUGUCAUCACAACAUCUGACCUCAGCACUAAAGAUCGCUCCUCCAUUACUGAGCGGCUGGCCUCUAUGAGUGAUGAAGUGGACAAACUCCCACCCCUGAGCACAAAGCUGAAUCUAACUGCUACAUUGGAGGAUGUGACAGUGCGUCUCUGUGACUCAGACAACAGUUUGGCCCAGAUUCAGAUCAGUGGCUUUGAGAGCAGUGUCUUGGUAAAAUCUUCUCACACCACAUUGAGAGCUCAGCUGCGGGACCUUUCUAUUCAGGAUUGUUCAGUUGGAGCUAUUUAUUCGAAGAUUCUGAUGAUAGAAGACGACAGCCUCUUUGACUUAAAGUGUAUCAAGUACACCAAGACAUCAGCUGCUCACCAUGACAAUAAGAGAAGUGGCAGCUCUGUGGAUUACAGUGUCCGGCUCAACGUGGGCCAUCUUCAGACUGUCUACCUGGGAAAAUUCUACUGGGAGCUUGUGAGAUUCUUUGAACCAUUUAUCAACCGCGAGAUGAAGGAUGCAGCAACACAUGCAGCGGUUGAGACUGUACACAAGAAGGUAGAGGAUAUUCAAACACAGAACCUCCGGAUUUCCAUGAAUAUCAAUUUACGGACACCAACCAUCCUGGUGCCACGGCACUCCAAAUCCAUUGACAUCCUGAUGCUGCAGCUAGGAAAUCUCAGCAUCCGUAACUUUUUUAACUUCACUAAUGUUCCACCAGACAUGCGGCAAGAAUGGAAUCAUAUCUACCUAAACUUAAGCAAGUUUCAAGUUCAAAGUGUGCGGCUGAACCUUGCCGAGGAUGUGUGUGAAGUACUUCAUACAGUGCUGGAGCCCAUCAGUUUCAAGGCAGAUCUACGGCUAGCAAUGAAGCCUGUCAAUUCUGAAACCAAGAUGGACAUCUCAGGGCAGCUGGAGAAAGUGAAGUUAAACAUACUCCAGAAAGACCUUCAGCUGUUCUUUGGACUGCUGACUGAAAACCUGAGUGAAGGGUCUCCUCCUUCCAGUCCUGGUCUCUAUGAAUCCCCCACCAUACAGAACCUGGAAUCACAAGCAGCUGAAGAAACAGUAUCAACACCUGCACUGGCAUCACGUCAUGACAGCAUUGAGUCAGAGCAGAAGACAACUACAAACAUAUUGCUGCGGCUUGAUGGUUUGUCAGCCAUAUUGUUUGAAGAGAGAGAAACAGAGGAUGGUACAUCUAACAAGACUAGCCUGUGUCUGUUUGACUUGGAGAAGCUUAACAUCAAUGCAGUCCUCCACAGCGAUGGUGAUCUCAAGGUCAAUUUCAGCCUUCAAUCACUCACCGCUGAUGACUCCCGGCUGGACAGUACUUUAGCUGUGCGCAGGAUCCUGUACUGUGCAAAAAAGGGAAAAACAUCUGAUGAAUUUCCUCUUGUGUCUCUUAUCUACAAAGUCAGCAGUGAUGGAAAUCAAAAAGCUGACCUGAUGGUAGAGAAGAUUCGAUUCAAUGUACACCUGCCAUACAUCAUGACUCUUGUUGACUUCUUUAUGGGGUCAGUGGACACUGGCACUUUGCCAGACAUGCCCGACAUGCCUGUAGCUCCUCACCCUAUUCAUGCCCCAGAUGGCAAUGCUGCUGCUUCCGCAUCCACAUCUUUCAGUGUCUACGGAUCGCUCAAACAGCCAGAGAUCGUCUUUUUUGCAGACCCCUCUUCACCUGAAAGCAGGGUCAUUGUGCUUUAUAGUGAUUUGGCAUUUGAGUAUCGGGCUGACACAGAGGAGCAGGUGAUGUGGGCCAAAGUUUCCAAUCUGCAUCUGGUCACGUCACAUGUCACAGUGACACCGGGGUUGACGCCUUCCUGCAGUAUGCUGAUGGCACCAUGUUCCCUGGAGCUGCGGCAGACAUACCGACUAGACAAAGGAGUGCGAGAUGUGACAGCCAGCUUGUCCAAAGUGCAGCUGUACCUGUCAGCAUCUGUAAUGGCAAUGGUCUGGGACAUGCUCAACAUGCUUCAGUUGGGAAGUAAACAGGAGGAAUCCAGUCCUAACAGCAAGUCGGUUCAGGAUGUGACCAACCUUUGGGGUGUGUCUUCCCUUAGUGGUGACAAAUGGCUGCGAGACAAACCUGACCAUGGAAGCAUGCGUGACAUGCUGAGGCCACCAGAGACUCCCAUCGAAGUGUUGAAGUUUGAUGUGAAGGAACUAUGUGUCUUCUUUGAGAUCAUCAAUCUUGAUUUGCAUACACCUAUUUUGUGUCUCAGGUCAUCACUAGAGGUGACUGUCAAAGACUGGUCAAAGAAGCUUCACCUGGAAUCAGAGUUUCACCUAGACAUGCUGUUUUACAACGAGCGGCUGAGCACGUGGGAACCUCUUAUAGAACCUGUCAUGGAGAAGGAAGGGGUGUACAGACCCUGGGAGGUCAUGAUCAAGGUCAUGAAAGCCAAGAGUUUCCCUGUAAUGUGUAUGUAUGAGGACCAUGAUCUUGACAUACCCGAUGGUCUGCAGUCAGAAGUUCAGGAGAUGAUGCACCGUGCUCGUAUUAAGUCAUCUAGUUCAGAAACUGACACUGAUUCAUCGUCAGACAUGACAGUCAUCCGACACAAGACACUCAGGCGCGUUCGACAUGCCAGUGACAGAAGUUAUGAUUCUUUGAGCCAUCACAGUAGUGUGCAAGGAGAGUCAGACUCUGAGCCCGAGGGCUUUAUUCAAAACAUCACCAACAAACUGGGCAGCAUUUUCUCCAGUGACAGCAGUGAUGCAGAUAUCAGUGAGGCUGAUGAUGCUGAUGAUAUUAUUGAUUCUUCCCUUGAAAAACCUGUCUUCCUUACCUCCCGAGGGCCAGUCGAUGUCACCACGGGUCUACAAGCUGCUGACACCGUUGAUGCUCCAUUUGAACAGGACGUUGAGGAUGAAGGGUGUGACAGCUGUCUCUACGUUAUGAUCGACUCCAUGGAUCGACUGCAACUCAACGUCACACCGCAGGGUAUUGCUGUUAUCCAGGAUGUGGUGGAGGCAUUGACAAAUCCAUCAUCCUCAGCAUUAUGUUCUGUCAGAGACAAACCCAGCUUUGAAAUUGAAAACAAGCUUGGAAUCCACACCUAUAUCACUUUGCAUCCAGAUGUAAAGGUUCAUGAUGACCGCAUGAAGAAUGUGACAGUGUAUAAGGCUGGUGAUGACAACACUGUACAUCCCGCAUCAUACGAGGAUGAUAUUGACAUUUUGCCUGAUGAGGAAGCCAUAUGCAAUGGAGACAACACCAAUGGACUGGGGUUUGUGAGGAAGACACUAGCAAAUGCUGGUCACACUCUCAUUAGUGCAGGGGCUUUUGUCUUUGAUGAUGAUGAUGAUUACUUGUCUGGUGAUCAGCUUAACACACACAGGUUCAAGUUACAGGUUGAUGGAUUUGAGCAGCUUCCAUCCAUUUUGCACAAGCAAGCAUGUAGACGAAUCAUUCCACUUGCACCUAGGAAGUCUGAAACAAAUAUCGAUAUAGAGAAUGGCACAAAAUACUGUGUAGUAGUAGACAUCGACAUGUGGCAUGGGCGAAAAGUUAUACGCAUCUUGUCUCCACUGCAGCUUGUGAAUAAGAUGACAAUGGCUGUGGAUGUGUACUGUAAGACAGAGGACUUAAAGCGAUUCCAGGCGACUCAGGGACUUGCUGGAACACAGGAGUUUUCUCGUCUGACCACUGUGAAUCCUCACGACACAUACACAUUGCCCCUCUUUGUAGCAUACCACUGUCCACUGUAUUUGAAGCCUGCAGAUCUAGACUACGAACUAACAUACAGCGCCAUCUGGUGGCAAGAGAUGCUACAGGGAAAGGAAAAGUCCAAGCACUUCCUCUGCUUGUCCACUCAGGAAGAAAAAAAGUCUUUCAACUUUCAGGUUCUAUGCAAGGAGGGGAAGCCCCUCAAACCUACCCAGCAGGUGCCCAAGACCAUUCCCUACUACACUAUAGCACUUCAUCCCCCAGUCAUUCUUCACAAUUAUCUCCCCUAUGAUCUGCAGUUUUCUCUUCAGGGUACAAGCAUGUCCAGUAGUUUGACUCAUGGGGAGAGCACUCCACUUUACACAGUUGACAUCAGCAGUACUUUCAAGCUUCUCUUUUCAUUAACAGACUAUCUAGGCCGUGACUGGACAGGUGUUAUGGAGAUAUCACCUGACCUUGAUGAGUUUAAGGCCAUUCCCAUGGAGACUGAGGUAGAUGAAGACAGUGCAAACAAGCAUCUCAGUCUCAGCAUUCAUGCCGACCAUAGUGCUGGCCUUGACCUCCAUAUCUAUGCCCCAUAUUGGGUCAUCAACAAAACACAGCUUCCUUUGCAACUGAGGGGCUCUAUGAGUGAUGCUGUGUUGGAAUGUGGCUCCAGUUUUAAUCCUGUUCUCUUCCGGUACAAGAAACAUAAGCGCAAAAAGGCAAAACUUCGUGUCUAUGACUCCAACUGGUCACAGUCUUUUUCCAUGGAUACCAUUGGCAGCAGUGGGGUAGUCAUUUGCAACAACAAAGAACGUCAAAGGAAAUAUAUGUUCAUGGUACAGAGCCAAAUGUCCAGGUUGAAGCUCACAAAAAUUGUGACAGUCCUGCCAUUUUUCUUGGUUGUGAACCAGUCAAGCCGCUCUCUCAGGUAUAUGGAGGAAAAUGAAAAUUCCGACCUUUGGCUUGACAUCCACAAAGGGGAGUGCCAACCCUUCUGGCCAAUGACAGAGACAUUCAACAUGUAUCUCAAGUAUGAAGGCAGCAACGUGACUUCUCAACAUUUUCCUAUCAAGACUCCCCACUCCACAGUGCUUCGUAUGGAUAAAGGGACGGCAAUGUGUGUAGAGGUGACAGGAGGCACAGACAGCCCAAUUACCAUUACAUUUUACAACUACACUUCUGGCGAUGCUCCUGUGAGAGUUGAAAAUCUGUGUGAAGAUGUCUUCAUUAAGAUACACCAAAAGAAUCAGAGUCAGGUGACGCUGUUAUCUCCCAGCCAGUGUGUGCUGUACACGUGGGAUGAGCCAUCAGCAGAGCGCACACUCAUGUGGAAUGUGUAUGGCCUCAAGAAGCCUAGUUAUCCAGCAUUCAUCACCAAAGAUGGGGCUGGAGAAGUGCGCCUCAGAGUGCAGUCCCUUAAAUCUACUGGAACUUUGGAUGUGACUGAUGCACCUGACCUUCCAGAGAGCAGCGGAGAAGAUGACAGCGGAGAUGAAAUCGAUGGACUGCUGUCAGGGGCAGACAAAUCACUAAUUGGUCGUACCCGCUCUGACAAGAUGGUCAUUUACUGGGUGUCAUUUCUUGAUGGCCUUCAGCGUGUCUUGCUGCUAACUCAAGAUGAGAGAAUUGCAUCAGCUGUGCGCAGAGUGAAUGAAGGAGAGUCAACUUCCUUUGCUGUUUUCCUGUCCCUGGAUGGGAUCCUAGUGUCUGUUAUCAACUCCGCCUACAAAGAAGUGGCUCUUUUUGGUAUUUGUUCUACACCUUCCAUCUGGGAAGUAGAAGUCAAUGGCCGCUGGAAGGUCUUGGACAUGGCAUUGGCAGCUUGGCUGGAGGAUCAGUGGCAGAACCAGAAACUUAAGGCCAGUCUUCAGGAGCAGAUUGAGGCGGACCUAAUCAAGAUGCAGAUGUCUAAGCCAUUUAUGGGGGCCUUGCGACGCACCUUCCACCCAGGUGUCUGGGUGCAGUACAGUGCCUCCAAGCAUCACACUGUUGUACAUGGCACAGUACAGAGGCUUCAGAUUGACAAUCAGCUGACUGAUGCAUACUUCCCAAGUGUUCUCUAUCCUGCUCCCCUGCCCAGCUAUGUCGUCAGAAAAAGAGGUCUCAAGCCAUUUAUUGAAUUUGCUUUGAUGCGCCGCACAGUCCCAGACUCAAACGUGGACACCGUCAGGUACCUGAAAGUGCUAGUCCAGGAGUUUAGCCUGCGCCUGGACAAAGGAUUCAUUCUGUCACUAGCUGACAUCUUUGCUAAUCUGCAAAAGAAUGAUCCAGAGAGCUGGCAACUUCACUCCGAUCUUCUGCUGGCCCAGCGUUCUCUCAUGGAGGCUGCUUCUAUCAUGGUGGCAUCCAGAACUCAGAAGACUUACUUUGAAUAUCUGCAUUUGUCCCCAUUAAAGCUGCGUGUUAGUUUUUCUCUGAGCGGCACACCCCAUGUGAUGAACAGCAGGCCAUCCACCAUUAGAUCCGACAUCAUUGACUUCUUCCUGACCUCUGUCGGUGCCACACUGACUGACAUCACUGAUGUGGAACUCAGGCUGGCAUACUUCCAGCAGAAAGGCGUCUUGCUGUCUGGGGGCCAGCUGUUGGCGCUGGUGCAGUCGCACUAUAUGCAGCAAGCUCUACAGCAGGCAUAUGUGCUCAUCCUAGGUCUGGAUGUGCUUGGAAAUCCCUAUGGCUUGGUGCGAGAUUUUACUCAAGGACUGGGUGACUUCUUCUAUGAACCGUUUUUGGGUUCCAUCCAGGGCUCAGAUGAGUUUGCACAAGGUCUUGCUCGGGGUGUUUACAGUCUGAUGGGGAAUACAGUUGGGGGAGCAGCAGGCUCUUUAUCAUCAAUGACUGGCUCUAUUGGCAAUGCCUUGGCCAUCCUUUCUUUUGACGAUGAUUACCAGAAGAGAAGACGCCGAGUACUGCAGCAACAACCACAGCAACUGCCCGCGAGCCUCAUGCAGGCCUGCCGCACACUGGUCAUGGGGGUGGGGCUAGGGUUCACAGGGCUUGUCCUUGACCCUGUGAAAGGUGUGCAUGAAGAUGGUGUGGAAGGUUUCUUCAAAGGUGUGGGCAAGGGCAUUUUGGGAUUGCUGACCAAGCCUGCAGGAGGUGUUGUUGACAUGGUCAGCAUGGCCUUUGAUGGUCUCAGGAGAGCUGCUGAGAUGGAGGGAGGACCUGCUGCUAAACUACGGUUAACUCGAUUUAUUGAUCCUAAUGUUGGUCUUCGUCCGUACUCUGAAUAUCGUGCUGCGGGCCAACAGCUGUUGCUGAGCUUGAAGAAAGGGGAGUUAAGCCAGCAGGACGUAUACUGGGCACAUGCUCCACUGAGCAAGGAGGAGAGAACUGAUAUACUGCUCAUCACUGACAAACAUGUCCUCAUGUUGGAGCGAUGCCGAUUCUGGGGUGGCUGGGAUGUUGAGUGGAGCAUUGAUGUAGAUGCUAUUUUAGGUGUUCCUGCAAUUCAUGAUGGCAAACUCAUUUUCAAAGUGAAACAGGAUGAGUCUGGACUGAACCUAUUCAUGGGAGGAGAGCAAGAGGUGUCCAGCACCUGUGCAGACAUCCUGAUUUGGAUCCAGAAGCAGAUAGAACUGCUACUAUCCCAGCAGCAUCAGAAGUUGUGAUUACCACAAGUCAGACAUUUUCCAGCAUCCAUAAACAGUCAGAGGGAGCUGUUUUUAUAACACUGCUGGGGAGGAUAAAGACUAGAUUUUAAAACCAUGCUACUGCUUUUGAACCCAUCCACAGAAUCAGUUGCAGACUCUAUCUGCGGUCAACUUAAUGAUUGUGUCCUGUUUGUGUGAAACAUCAGAAAAAAUCCUUUUGGUGUUUUGGUCAUGACAUAGUUUUAAAAAACUGACAUUAUAUACACACAGGACAUAUGACUGAGUGUGGCUAUGUCAUUUCCAGAAAUAGUGAGAGUGAGAGAAAGGACAAAAGAGAACAGGUGAAUUUCUGGUAUAAACUGCACACACAGCAGAGAAUAUUGUUUUUGUCCUUUAGCAUAAUGUUUUGAUCUAUAUAUACAAUAUAUAUGAAUCUUUAAAGGUCACUGUCAUGAACUGAAGCAGAAUGGACAUUAUUGUGAUCUAUAUACUAAAUUGUUAUUACUGUUGCUAUGUGUUCAGAUUGGCCUAGUCCUUCAAUAUAUUCAUUUUAUAACAGUGCUAGCCAGAAGAAAUGCUUUUUUUCUUUAUAUCUUAUUUCUUCCAACAUAAAUAAGCUAGAUAAAGGUGCACAGCACUUCUUCAGAAGUGCAGUUUCGACUUUUUUUGAAAUAAUCAGUCAUAUGGAUAAAGGAAUUUUUAGCUGACAACUUGUCCUAAAUUGCAUAAUCCUAGUCAGCCUUUCUUUUUAGAAAGCACUCAUCUGUGUGUUCCUUGUUGUCAUUGGAGAAAGUAGCAUAUGCAUUGUUAAUGGCUUUUCUUAUGUUUGAAAGAUACAAGGAUGCAUGUAUAUGUGUACAGUAUAAAAGAUUUGUUACAUUGCUUAUUUACACCAUGAAAUAAUAGCUUUGUGCUCCAUUUACAAGAGCUGUUUUGCUUUAAAACAAACUUUGGUGUCUAACUAAUGACAUGCAUUUUUAUGAACAGUGACUGCAGUUUGUAUAUUUUAGGUGAAAAGUUUGUAGACCAAAGGUUUGCCAUCAGGAGGAGUUGCUUAUUUUUUUCAAAACACUUUUUUUUCUCUUUUUCCUUGCUGGUGCACAAAUGAUAGCACCAGGCUUGACCAUGACAUUGUCCAUCUAUGGAGCUUUUUAUUUGUCGUUUUGUACAGUUUUGUUGUAGCAUUCGUGAUCUGAUUCAUAACAGGUGAGUUUUUUGCUCAAAAUACUUAAAGAGCUUCAUGCUCAGGUGUUCCAAUCAAGCCCAGCUGCCAAAUAUGACAGCUGGCAGGCAGGGUACAUGUGAUGAUAUCUUCAAGAUUGUCAUAUAUACCAGAUUGAAGCAGCAUUUUUUCCUUAAUGCAGCUUUCUAAAGCCAAACUCUUUAAGAAGAGAAUAAAUCCAUAUUUGUCCACCUGACCUCAGGCCUGGUAAAAGUCUCACCAAAGACAAAAAUGUAUUACAUAUACAGCAUGUUGAAAACUUGCACACCAUUCUUAUGUAAUACAUAUACUUAAUAGACAUUGCUUAAUUCCCCACAAAUUAAAAGACACCAAACACAUGGUACAGUUUUUUUGAUAAUUCAAGACCUACAGAACUUUUUAAAAAUUAAAAGAGCUAAAAUUAUGUAUCUUAUAAUUAAAUGUUGAUGAAAUAUUAAGGGCACCGUGCAAUAAAAUUGGUAGACCACAUAAUCUGUGGUCAUUGGCCCGAGAUGGUCCUGAAUUAUUUUGUUGCUUCUCUUCCCCCCAAAAAAAGUACUGUCAUGUUCUUUUUAUGAACUUAUCAUAAACAGUUAAUACCUUACAGUCACAGUCAGUCAAACCAGCUCCCCAGUUAACUUGUUUUAGCUUCCAUAUAGUCAUCUAAUCACAGCUGAGAGAUUUUUUGCUCGGGGGAAAAAAAAAGAGCAUGUGAUAUGAAACUAUAUCCUGUGUGCAAAACAUUUGUGGUACAUAAGACCAGGGUAAGGAGAGUGAAGUUCCUCAGUCUGGUGCUUAGGGCACUUGACUCUGAAGCACAAGUUUGCUGGACUGAGGCUUGUGGCUGGCAAGAGACCUAAUUUAUUAGAGAAGGUUUAGGAGGCCUUGUCAUGGGGAGCUCAUAUUUCAGCCCCUGUGACAUUUAUACCAUCUUUUUUUAAAGGAGUUCAGAAAGUUUUAGAACUUUAUUUUGCUUUUGAUAACUCUUGCCCCCAUUAUCUGAGAAAAAUUUCAUUUAGGACCAAAGCUGCACAGUACUAUUAUUUGUAUAUAGACACACAUUCUGUUACCACUCUUUUAGACAUUUUUCUACAAAAAUUUGCAUUUCAGUAAUCUUUCUUAUUUAAUGAGUGCCAUUAAUUUGAUAGUAAAUGAUGCAUUUGGAGUAUCAUUCACUCGGAAUUAUGCAAACAGCCUGGGUGUCUCACAAUUUUCUUAUAGUUAAGUCACAGGUGUGAACCCAAUAGGAACCUUAGUUCUUGAUCCUUUGAUGUUAAGGUUAGCAACUUUAUUUGUAAUGCUAAAUUUGAGGCUGUGUAAAUGUUCAGAAUGCACUGAUCUGUUAAGCUGCCAUGUGAAUGUUUAGUUGCAUUACCUAGGCUGUAUAAUAGGAAUCAUGUUUCUGCCACAAUCUUCCUGUCAGUGAUAGUCAUGUUGUUAAAAUUGUGUAACACUUUGUUCUGGCAGAGUUUUCCACAGCAGGCAUGUAGUUCAAGAUAGCAAUGCUUUUAAAAGCACACACUGCUGGUCGUUUAAAGCCUACAUUUUUAUAAUUUUUUAAUAAGUCAUUUGCAAAAUUCUAAAUUUACUAUUUACGUGUUUUUUUCCUUGUAUCUGUUAAUCUUUUAUAUUCCAUGUCAAAGCAUUUCAGUUUGUACCUUUUAAAGCUUUCUAAUGUUUUUGUUUAGUAAAAGUUUUAAUCUGCUCAGCCACAUUAAAUGCAAACUGAACAUGUACCUUGAUGUAUGGUACCCAGUCUUGAUGCGGAACCUGAAGUAUAAAUUUAAAAAAGAAAAUGCUGUUCUUAUAUAAGCCAUCUUUAACCACAUCAGUUUUCAAAACAAUACACACACGCACAUAAUAAUAAUUUGUUCCGAUUUUCUCCUUAAUUCAAAGAAACGUGAUCUCUUUUCUCAUGUAAAAGCUUAUGCUGUGAUACAAUCAAAAUGACAAGCUUGUGGCUGAUAAAUGAUAUUGUUAGCUUCUUUAGGACUAAUUUGUGCAUUUUGGUUUUCUUUGAGUACAUUCCAUUUGCAUUUCAAUUUUUUUCCAUUCUGUAUCUUUAUUAUUGCAUAAAUUGUACACUAUUUACAAGUCUGUUAAUAUGCCAUAUUUAUUUUUUCAACUCUGCCAAAGGCUCAUAUGAAUAUUCAUGUGUGAAAGCAUAGGUGAUAUAACAGCUCUGCAUUCUGAAAGAUGUAACUACAGAAAGCAUGUUUUGCCUGUAACAAUAUCUUGGCAAGAAACACUUUCUGCACAUUGUAAGUACUUUUGCACUACUGUGCCCUGUUCAUCAGGUAUUGGUCUGUGUAGGUGGAGUAAUAUUUGCAUGGGGAUAACGGGGCACUGCUGCUGUAGGGUUUGUUGACAUUGAUGUAAGAUUGAGUUAGUGACAUAUUUAUGGUAGGAAUUGCUGAAAGACUUGGGACCAAAAUACCCCAUAUUAUUUCUGCAUUCAACACAGUUCUCUUACAUGAACUUGUGAUGUGGGGGUCACAUGCUGUGUAGAAACCUACAUUCCCUGACUCAGCAGACCAUUUGAUGUUGUUGGUGUACCUUUAAUGUGGUCUGUCUUCUGAGACAAUAAUAAAACAGUGGAAAACUU